AAAGGCAAUACAAAGUUUGUCCCAGAUAAGGAAUGAACCAUAAAAAAACAAACACGUGGAAAACGUGGGCAGGCAGGGAGGCGUUGAAUUCUCCGUGUUUUCUGGUCGGAACUUGAAGUGAAGUGAAUUACAGAGAAAAAGGGACAACAGAGGUGAUAAACGGGGACGAACGACAUGGCGCAGAGCUGGAAAACGACGUCGUUUUUUGUGGUUCCUCUGGUGAUCUCCACUCUCUUCUCAAGCUUUGGCUAUGGCUACGGAAUGCCUCCCCGUUCCAUGCUCAACCGCUUGACCGCCGCAGGCAACUACUUGACCACCAAGGAGCUCUGGUUUACUCAGAAUCUCGAUCACUACUCUCCUUACGAUCACCGUCAAUUUCAGCAGCGUUACUACGAAUUCCUCGACAAUUUUCGGAUUCCAGAAGGACCGAUCUUCCUCAAAAUCUGCGGCGAAGGACCUUGCAAUGGAAUACAGAACGAUUAUCUUAGCAUUUUGUCGAAGAAGUUCGGAGCAGCUAUAGUGUCACUGGAGCAUCGCUACUACGGAAAAAGUUCUCCAUUCAAAUCGUUGACCACUGAGAAUCUCAAGUUCUUGUCUUCAAAGCAGGCUCUUUUCGAUCUCGCUGCGUUUCGUCGAUAUUACCAGGAGUCUUUGGAGCAGAAGCUGAAUCGAAAAAAUGUGGAAAAUCCAUGGUUUUUCUUUGGCGUUUCAUAUCCUGGGGCUCUUAGCGCGUGGUUUCGUCUCAAAUUCCCUCAUUUAACAUGUGGGAGUCUCGCGAGUUCUGCCGUUGUUCUUGCUGUUUAUAAUUUCACCGAAUUUGACCAGCAGAUUGGUGUCUCAGCUGGUCCAGAAUGUAAAUCAGCCUUGCAAGAGGUCACUCACCUCGUCGAAGAAAGGCUUGCUAACGAAGGAAAAUCGGUCAAGGCUUUGUUCGGCGCAGCCGAGCUCGAGAUCGACGGAGAUUUCUUUUAUUUUCUGGCGGAUGCUGCUGCUAUAGGGUUUCAAUAUGGAAAUCCGGAUUCAGUAUGCACCCCCCUUGUUGAAGCAAAGAAGAACGGAGAGGAUUUGGUGGAUACUUAUGCCAAGUAUGUCAAAGAAUAUUACAUCGUAAAAUUUGGCACAGAUGUUCGGACAUAUGAUCAGAAGUUCCUGAAAAACACUACUCUUACUGAUGAUAAUUCUGCGCGGUUGUGGUGGUUCCAAGUUUGUACUGAAGUUGCAUACUUUCAGGUGGCACCUAAAAAUGAUAGCAUCCGGUCUUCAAAAGUUGACACAAGAUACCAUUUGGAUCUUUGUCGGAAUGUCUUUGGAGAGGGCAUCUACCCUGAUGUUGAUGCAACAAAUUUAUACUACGGGGGCACAAAAAUUGGAGGGACAAAGAUAAUAUUUACAAAUGGCUCACAGGAUCCGUGGCGUCAUGCGUCAAAGCAGACUUCAUCUCCAGAUCUGCCUUCCUACCUCAUCACUUGUAAUAAUUGUGGCCAUGGAACUGAUUUGCGAGGCUGCCCCCAAAGUCCUCUAAGCCUUGAAGGCAACGCCCAGAAUUGCAGCUCUCCCGACGCAGUUCACAAAGUAAGGCAACAGAUAAUAGAGAACAUAGACUUGUGGUUGUCUCAGUGCCAUGACACAGAAAAGGGUUUUAUGUAAGAUAUUUAUAUCUUGUUUUAUGUACAAGAAAUUGUAUAAUUGAUUGCUCAACUAACUUCAGUCUCCGCUAUUACCUUCUUAAUGGAUGCUUUUAUUACGAAUCCGUGAAGGUGAAGGAUAUUGCCACGACUUGACCUUUCUUGUUAUGUACAAUAUAAAGCCUUCGAUUUAUGAAGUCUUGUUUUUCCUUUUUAA